GUCAACUGUCAAAGUCACAUUGUACUGUGUUGUCCUGUUUUGAGGUUAUGUUAGCCAAAAUAACACGGUGUUUUUUGAGUUUAUCUUGAAAAAGUGAAAUGAGUAAGAAACUAAAUAAUAUGAAAUGGGAGUCGGUGGCGCUGGAUGGAUUUCCAGCAUCCAUGACAGAUAGGUUCCAAGGAUUUGUCGGUUUAGAAGAAUGCACAGAUUAUAGUUUUGAUAAAGAAGGCAAGGGAUCCAAAAAGAAUAAGAAAAAAGAAAAAUUAGCUCAGAAGAGGGAACAGAAAAAGAGGAAAUCCUCGGAAAGUGAAACAAAAGAGGUUCCAAGCAAAAAAGUAAAACUAGACAAUGGUUUUGUAGUAGAAUCAUGUGACAAUACAGCACCAUCACUAGCGAACAGCACACAGAAAAGGAACAAAAAUAAAAAGAAGAAAAAUAAAAAAGCAAAAAAAUUAAAUAUAGACAAUAAUAUUGGGGAUACUAGUGAUGACAAUAAAGAAAAUGGUGACACUGAAGCAGUUCCGAAAAAAACUAAACCUAAAAACAAAAAGAAAAAGGCUAAAGACUCUGUUAGUACUGAGAAAGUUGUUAAAAAGGCAAAACAAAGAUUGGGUGAUCUUCCUAAGUCUACAUCGGAAUUGACACCUGAAGAUAUGCUGACUUGGGCAGAGUUUAAGUUACAAGAGCCAAUAAUAAAAGCCUUAACUGAACUGGGAUUCAAACAGCCAACGAAGAUUCAGCAGUUGACACUACCAGCUGCUAUUCAUGGUCGUAGAGACAUCCUCGGUGCAGCAGAGACAGGAAGCGGCAAAACUCUAGCCUUCGGUCUACCAAUCCUAUGUGGCAUCCUUAAACUCAAAGAAAAGGCUGAACUCAAAGGCCUAGACGUAUAUGACAUACCAUAUAGAAAACCAGCUCUAAAGAAAAAGGAAGAACCUAAAGAAAAAACACAGAAAUUUAAAAGAAAAGAACGAAAAGGUGAUAAAAAGCAAAUCGUACAAGAAGAGAAAGUUAAGGAGUCAUCUGAAGAUGGAUAUAGUAGUGGGAAAGAGAGUGAUGAAGAAGGAACAGAAGAUGGUUUAGAAGAAGGAACAGAAGAUGAUUUAGAAGGAGCACCAAAAGUUGAAACUGAAGAAGAAGAUUAUCUAGAAGAAUAUGAUGUUCCUGUUAAGAAAAGGGAUAAUAAUUCCGCUGAUGAAGGAAAUGAUAGUGAUGAAGAUAAUUACAUACAUUUAUCUGACAUGUUGGACUCUGAUGAUUUGGCUGAUAGUAGCGACGAUGAAGAUGGUAGCGCAAUUGAUGAAGAUGAUGGGGAAAGUGGUGAUGAAGUUGACGAUGAAAGCGGAGAUGACGAUAUUGAUGGUGAUGGAAGUGGGGAUAGUGCAGAAGAGUUGGAAGAAGAAGAAAAUGAUGACGGCGAUGAGGUCAAUGAGGAUGAACAAGGAGUUGGCUGUGUAAAAGUGGUUGACAAUAUAGAGAUCCCUGGCCACGUCUCUGUGAAGACUGGCAAGCCGUUGUAUGCCCUCAUCCUUACCCCUACCAGGGAACUGGCUAUACAGAUCAGCAGACAUUUGAUAGCCGCUGCUAAAUAUACAGGUAUAAAAGUAGCGACGAUAGUGGGUGGUAUGGCGGCCGUCAAGCAGGAGAGGGUGCUCCGUUCCGGUCCUGAGAUAGUGGUCGCUACACCAGGACGAUUGUGGGAACUCAUAGGACAAGGUCAACCGCAUCUACAGCAGUUGGACUCUGUCAAAUUCCUAGCGAUAGACGAGACGGAUCGUAUGAUAGAACGCGGCCACUUCGAAGAGUUGACACCGCUAUUGGAACGAUUGAACGCGGACGAGGAACGCAAGGCCGCUCGACAGAACUUCGUCUUCUCCGCCACCCUGACCAUGGUCCACGAUCUACCCACACAUAUGAAGGGGAAGAAGGUAACAAAACAUGGUAAGAUUAUAAAUCGAAAGAUAGAGAAAAUGACGCCACAGCAGAAGGUGAACCGGCUCAUCAAGAUGAUUGGCAUGACUGAACCCAAGGUCGUCGAUAUCACUACACAGAAUUUGGGUACAGCCGAAACGCUAACUGAGUCCCGUAUUACUUGUGCAUUAGAACAUAAGGACGCCUACCUAUACUACAUUGUAAAAAGGCAUCCGGGCAGAACUAUCGUCUUUUGCAACUCCAUCGGCAGCGUUAAAAGAUUAGCUCAAUUAUUUACACUGCUCAAGUGUCGCCCCCUACCGCUACACGCCAGCAUGCCCCAGCGACAGAGAAUUAAGAAUUUGGAGAGGUUCCGCGACGAUCCUCACGGCGUGUUAAUAGCAACGGACGUGGCAGCGAGAGGCUUAGACAUACCUCACGUUGAACAUGUCAUACAUUACCAAGUGCCCCGCACAGCCGAGAACUACGUACACCGCAGUGGCAGGACCGCCAGAGCCAGUCGCGAGGGCCUCACCAUCCUCAUGAUGGAUUCCUCCGAAGCUUAUUUGUACACAAAAAUGUGUCGCACUUUGAAUAAAACAUCAGAAGUCCCGACCUUCCCAGUGGACAGUCAGGUCCUUGCUCCCAUCAAGGAGCUGAUGGUUCUAGCCCGAGAGUUGGAUGCCCUGGAACUGAAGAAACGCAGGGCUGCGCAAGCGCACGGGUGGAAGGAACGAGCCGCGAGAGAAAUGGACAUUAUUAUUGACGACGAUGAUCUCCCAGUGAAGCAAGUCAACGCCUCAAUAGACAAAGAAUUGAAGAGCAAACGGCGCCAGUUAGAAUCUCUGCUCUCCCGGCCUAUAUACCCUCGGGGAUUCUCUUUCAAAUACCCCACUCUGAACAAUGAUACCACAGUUUUUCAAGGGAGCGAAGAAAAUGCACUGCAGGUCAUGAAAAACGCACUAGAAUCAGGCCAACUGAAAAAAGAAAAACGGAAAAGCAAGAACGCGCCUCUACUUCAACUUCAGAAGAAAUUUAAGAAAAAUAUACCUAAAUAA